AGAAAUUAGAGGAUUACAUGGAUAAAAGCUUCAACUCAAUAAGACUCAUUUUUUAGGGUUUCUGAUCGAUCAGUGAGGAAUGGCCUCUUCACGUCCCUUGAAGCGUAGACGUAAGAACCAGAACGAACAUGAUGAUGAAGUUGAAGAAGCAAAAGAGAAGAAGAAGCCUUCACCUGUGGUGGUCUUCGCUCACGGUGCCGGUGCCCCUUCAUCUUCCGAUUGGAUGAUUAGAUGGAAGGAAAUGUUGGCCAAGGCAUUGGACGCUGUUGAAAUAGUAACUUUUGAUUACCCAUACAUUUCUGGUGGGAAGCGCAGGGCUCCUCCCAAGGCAGAAAAGUUAGUUGAGUUUCACUCAGAGAUUGUCAGAAAAACUGCUGCUACUUAUCCUGGUCAUCCACUUGUUUUGGUUGGAAAGUCCAUGGGUUCAAGGGUCAGUUGCAUGGUGGCCGGUGAGAAAGACAUUGAUGCUUCAGUGGUAGUUUGCUUGGGGUAUCCACUAAAGGGCAUGAAUGGAACAGUGCGAGAUGAGACAUUGUUGCAGCUUACUGUACCUAUUAUGUUUGUUCAGGGUAGCAAAGAUGGGCUGUGUCCACUAGAUAAGCUGGAAGCUGUUCAGAAGAGGAUGAAAAUUAUUAAUGCAUUGCAUGUGAUUGAAGGUGGCGACCACUCAUUUAAGAUUGGGAAGAAGCAUCUGCAGUCAAAGGGGUCCACCCAAGAAGAAGCUGAAGAUCACGCUGUUAAGGCCAUUGCAGGGUUUGUUUCCAGGUCUAUAGCAAAAAGGUGACACCUCUACUGCACAAGUGCUUUUGCAUGUUGUAUCAAACGGGUCUUAAUGUGUAUAUUUUGUCUUAUUUUGGUGUUUCUGGGCUAACAUCUUUCUGCCUUCUGUGCCUUUUGUGUUGCAUAUGUCUUGUAAAGAUUGCUCAAGUUUGUAAUCUGAAACAUCUUAGUCAUUGAGGAUGGAGCAUUAGAUCACUAUGCUUGGUUAAAAUUUUGUACCAAAUAAGUGUGGUUUUAGAUCAUCUAA